GGGUUCUACAGACGUUUCUUACAAAAUAUCCGCUUCUCGUGUGUUGAGUAGUACUCGUAUUUCGGAGUUCAAUGAUUCUGAUGCCGGUAAUGUAUCAAAAUUAGGCAAGCGUAGACAACGAUUGCGUCUUUUGGAUGACGAUGAUAUUGAUGAUAACAACGACAACGAUAAAAGCGAUAAAGAAAAUGAAUACAACGCUCGUGAGAUGUCAACUACUUCCCUUUCUAAUCUACCUUCCUCCAUUCCAGUUGUUGCGUCAAGCAGGAUUCCACAAGUUGAAGAGGAGUCUUCUGUUUCGUCAGAAGAUGAAGGACACAACGUUUAUGAAUCAGAGGAAGAGUCUCGUAGCGUCACAGAAGAUGAAACAGAUUCUGAUGAUAACAGACCUAACAGUUUAUAUUCAAGAAACAAGUAUAGUCGGCAUGAUGGUUUGCAACGCAACGCUGUACACCGGGCUCACUCACCGAGUGAUAAUCGUGCAAGGCCUACAGAUGAUGAUGGUGACAAUGUUCAAGAACCACUACCCGGUGCAGAUGAUGAUGCUGUGGAUAUUGGUGUUUUGGAGAGACUACGUAAAAUGUCUAAAGGUGCAGCUAAACGAGUUGUCAAGAAUCCACGUCCAAAAUUAGAUCCACAAUGCUUGCUGAGUAACAAAGGCUUACCUGCUUUACUUGAUGAUUUCAAGAAGGUUAAAUUUGGUGGUAAAGGUCAUGAGUUUCAAGAUUUAGAAAAGUUGUUGUAUGUGUAUGAAGCAUGGGCUAAUCGUGUAGUGCCAAGAUUAACUUUUCCUGAAGUAGUUGAACGUUUAGAACAUGUUGGCAGUAAACGUGAAAUACAUGUUGCUUUAGAUCGACUUCGAAAUGGUAUCUGGCCACCGUAUGCAAGUAAUGAACAAGUAGAACCAUCUGAAGAUGAGAGUGAACCAGAACAUGAAAAUCCAGAUCCAGAUGCUUUGUGGAGAAGUGCUCUAGAAUCUGUUCCUCAGAAUACACCCACCGCUAAAAAUAUUUCUCCUGAAACAAAUGACGUGUAUAAAGAUCUAAACUCCACAGACUAUCAGGAUACUCAAGAUUCAAUUGACGACUCCAAUGUACACCUACCACAAGCAUCUACUUCGUAUAGUUCUGAAUCACGUGCAGAAAGAAAUAGACGUUUAGCUUUGGAACGGCUAGCAGCUCGAAAAUCUUCUUGUGGAACACUUAUUGGCAAUAAAUUAAAAACACCUACCAAUCAUAUAUUGAAGAAUGCAUUGAAAGCAGCCAUCAGUGCUACACCAUCAUCUAUCAGUGAACUUCCCAAUAAACUAUCCUCUGAAUGUAGUAUGAAUGAAAAGUCAGACGAUAUCAAUUCAUCGAAUACAUUAACCCAGAAUUCAAAUGAACAUAACACCACACUUGUUGAUACCAUGUCUAGUCAUACAGUUAUAAAUGCUACCAAUGAUGAUUUAAAUCAUUCUGUAUUGGAACAGUUUUCAGAUAAUCAUAAUGAUGAUGUUUUAUCAACUGUUCUACAAGAAGUAGAAUCACCAUGUUAUGUGGAUGAGUCGAAUCUUGUUAUUGAUCUCAAUUAGAUUCUCUAUUCCUAAUGUUUGCUGUGUAAUCUUGCAUUUAUGUACUAUUUUUUUUUAAAUAAGCCGUGAUACAUUUCAUUUUCACACUUGCUAUGUGUGCAUUCUAAGUUUGUCGUUUCGUUUUCAGGGAAAUCAAAACAAUCUUGCAUUUUUAUUCUAUUCAGAUACUUGUAUAUUUUAUAUCUAAUGAUGGAUUCAUUGUAGU